AGAACAACUGGGUGUGAUUGGUCCACAGCUAUAAUCCCAGAAACUGAGGAAACUGAAACAAGCGAAGUCCCAGGAGGAGUUCCAGACCAGUCUGGACUAGAGUAAGAGCUUGUUAAGGAAAAGAGAGAGAACAAGGAAGAGAGGGAGAUAGCAAGAAGGCUAGGAAGAAAUAAAAAAAAGAGAGAAAGAACCGAAAGGAAAGACAGAAGCCAGAGGUCAGGAAAGUAGAUGCCAAUUGAUCACCAUGAAUAGUCUCCACAAAGGCGGUCCUCUCACUGAUACCAGCGUGAUCUUUAGCAGGCCGGGGCCCGCCGCCCAGCAGAGUUGUGUUUUCCUGAUCCGGGCACGGGCCGCCCCUUCUCCGGGACCCUCCCCUCGGGAACCGUCGCCCGCGGCGGUUAGUUAGGACUGGAUUGCUUGGCGCGAAAAGGUGGACAAGUCCUAUUUUCCAGAGAAGAUGACUUUUAACAGUUUUGAAGGAUCUAGAACUUUUGUGCCUGCAGACACCAAUAAGGAUGAAGAAUUUGUAGAAGAGUUUAAUAGAUUAAAAACAUUUGCUAACUUCCCAAGUAGCAGUCCUGUUUCAGCAUCAACACUGGCACGAGCCGGCUUUCUUUACACUGGCGAAGGAGACACAGUGCAGUGUUUCAGUUGUCACGCCGCAGUAGAUAGAUGGCAGUAUGGAGACUCAGCUGUUGGAAGACACAGGAGAAUAUCCCCAAAUUGCAGAUUUAUCAAUGGUUUUUAUUUUGAAAAUGGUGCCUCGCAGUCUACAAAUCCUGGUAUCCAAAAUGGCCAGUGCAAGUCUGAAAACUGUGUGGGAAACAGAAAUCGUUUUGCUCUUGACAGGCCAUCUGAGACUCAUGCAGAUUAUCUCUUGAGAACUGGACAGGUUGUAGAUAUUUCAGACACCAUAUACCCGAGGAACCCUGCCAUGUGUAGUGAAGAAGCCAGAUUGAAGUCAUUUCAGAACUGGCCAGACUAUGCCCAUUUAACCCCCAGAGAGUUGGCUAGUGCUGGCCUCUACUACACAGGCAUUGAUGAUCAGGUGCAAUGCUUUUGUUGUGGUGGAAAACUGAAAAAUUGGGAACCCUGUGAUCGUGCCUGGUCAGAACACAGGAGACACUUUCCCAAUUGUUUCUUUGUUUUGGGCCGGAAUGUUAAUGUCCGAAGUGAAUCUGGUGUGAGUUCCGAUAGGAAUUUCCCAAAUUCAAUAAAUUCUCCAAGAAAUCCAGCCAUGGCAGAAUACGAAGCACGGAUCGUUACUUUUGGAACAUGGAUAUACUCAGUUAACAAGGAGCAGCUUGCAAGAGCUGGAUUUUAUGCUUUAGGUGAAGGCGAUAAAGUGAAGUGCUUUCACUGUGGAGGAGGGCUCACGGAUUGGAAGCCAAGCGAAGACCCUUGGGAACAGCAUGCUAAGUGGUAUCCAGGGUGUAAAUUUCUAUUGGAUGAGAAGGGGCAAGAAUAUAUAAAUAAUAUUCAUUUAACCCAGUCACUUGGAGAAUCUUUGGUAAGAACUGCUGAAAAAACACCAUCACUAACUAAAAAAAUUGAUGAUACCAUCUUCGACAGUCCUAUGGUGCAAGAAGCUAUAAGAAUGGGAUUUAGCUUCAAAGACAUUAAGAAAACAAUGGAAGAAAAAAUCCAAACAUCUGGGAGCAGCUAUCUAUCACUUGAGGUUCUGGUUGCAGAUCUUGUGAGUGCUCAGAAAGAUAAUACACAGGAUGAGUCAAGUCAAACUUCAUUGCAGAAAGACAUUAGUACUGAAGAACAGCUAAGGCGUCUACAAGAGGAGAAGCUUUGCAAAAUCUGUAUGGAUAGAAAUAUUGCUGUAGUUUUUGUUCCUUGUGGACAUCUGGUCACUUGUAAACAGUGUGCUGAAGCAGUUGACAAAUGUCCCAUGUGCUACACAGUCAUUACGUUCAAGCAAAAAAUUUUUAUGUCUUAAUCCGACACCACAGUAGGCAUGUUAUGUUCUUCUUACUCUAAUUGAAUGUGUGAUGUGAGCGAACUUUAAGUAAUCAGCAUUGCAUUCCAUUAGCAUCUGCUCCCAGAUGGAAACAAAUGUUAACAGCACUGUUGCGGUCGAGACAAUUCCUGCAUCGUCCAGGUGAUCAGCUGUAUCAUUUAUCCAGUGUUUUACUCAAUUGAAACCUUAGACAAAGAAGCAUUUUAUAACUUUUCAUAUGUAUAUUGGUAGUACACUGACUUGAUUUCUAUGUGUAAGUGAAUUCCUCACCUGCAUUUUUCAUUCCUUUUGCAUUAGCUUAACAAAUGGUGUGUUCUGUAUAAACACAGAGAUUUGAUUUGAUCUGCCCGAUCACUUUAAUUUGCUUAUUGUAAACAGAACUGUUCCGCACUGCUGGGAGGAUAAACUUUUGUUUUACAUGUUUGUUUCUGUGUUUUAGAAUUCUGCCCAUUUACUUGGAAUUUAUUGGAAUUAUAAAUGUACUUAUAUGAAUAUUUUUAAGUGAUUUUGCCAUCUCUUAAAAGAUAUUUAAUAGUAGAUUACCAUCCGACUAGCAUGCACUGACACAGAAAGGCAACACAGAUAGAGUAAGUGUAAAAUACAAAUGGCAGAACACUGUAUCUAGUUGGAGCCAAAUCAAUGUAUGUGUAUUUUGUAUCUGUACAGGAUAAAUGAUUUGGAAAGAUAAGUAUCACACUCUUAAAUGUAUUUUUUUCUUCAGGGGGUGGGGGAUGGGUCUUAGAGGGGCUUAUAGAGCCCUUCACUUUUUUUCAUUUUUUUUCUGUUUGAAGGUUUUAUAAGUAUGUAUUACUUUUAUAAUCAGAGUUCUUAGUAACUAUUUUGCUGAUUUAAAGGCUUAGGCAUGUUCAAACGUCUGCAAAACUACUUAUCGCUCAGUUUUAGUUUUUCUAAUCCAAGAAGGCAGGCCAGUUAACUGUUCUGGUGCCAAUGUGAAAUUUAAAUGUUUUUGUUUUACCUGCUUUGUGGAUGAAAAAUAUUUCUGAGUGGUAGUUUUCUGACAGGUAGAUCAUGUCUUCUUAUCUUGUUUCAAAAUAAAUAUUUCUGAUUUUGUAAAAUGAAAUAUAAAAUAUGUCUCAGAUCUUCCAAUUAAUUAGUAAGGAUUCAUCCUUAAUCCUUGCUAGUUUAAGCCUGCCUAAGUCACUUUACUAAAAGAUCUUUGUUAACCCAGUAUUUUAACCAUCUGUCUGCUUACGUAGGUAAAUGUAGAAGCGUGUUGUAUACAGCUUGUAGUUGUAGUGUUGGCUCUUCGUGUUGAGAUUCUCAAUGUCAUUUUGUGUCCUAAAAGUUUCAUGUAGUUUUUGAUGUUAAGAUGAUUAAGAUGUAUAUAGUACAAAAUAUUCAGUCUUUGAUUGUUUUAUGUUUGUUUGUUUAUUGACUAGUAAUGGUAGUGGAUACUUUAAAAAUAUUUUCUCAAGAUCCUUAAAACCUUGGAAAUUAUAACAUACUGACAAGAAUAGUUGUUUGAAUAUUUUUAACAACUUGUAUAAGUCAAUAUGAACAAUUGAACACGGAAUUUACCUUAAGUAAUUAUCAUGAUAGACCUCUUGUAAAGACUGGUCUAUUUUACUACAGAGAACAGUUUGGGAGUGAAACUGUUACAAUUUAGACUUUUUGUUGUAUUUUCUAAGAGAAAGAGUAUUGUUAGGUUCUCCUAACCUCUGUUGACUACUAUGGUAAGUGAUGUUAUUUUAAUUGCAAAUUUAAAUAGAAACCAACAGAAUUAAGUAACUGACUACCCUUCUCUCUCUCUCUCUCUCUCUCUCUCUCUCUCUCUCUCUCUCUCUCUCUCUCUCUCUCUCUUCCCCCCCCCCCUCCAUGAAAAUCCUUAGUUCUCUAUAGAGUCUUCUGCUUAGGUUCAGUUAUAUAAUCGAUAGGUUACAUUUUAUCUAAGUUGACUAAGAUUUCAAUUUAUAUUUCAAGCAUUCUACCAGGGAAUAAAAGUAUUAGUUUUAAAAAUCAUUUCCAAAGCACUUCGGGUACAAGUCAUAUAGGUAGUUUGUUUAAUCUAGCUGUUAGCCUAGGACUUAAGGACUGAAUGUUUUCAAAUAAGGCUUUUCUUGUUCUCAGAGCCUCAGUUCAUUAAAACUCUUUAAAAAUCUGUGUGAUGAGAGUUUAGUAAGACCUCUUUUCUUGUCUUCAUGAGUUGUGAAAUUGAAUUCAUGGAGCUGAUGUGGCUAACAAGUUUAUUUUAGGAAUUGUUUAGAAAAUGCUGUUGCUUCGGGUUCUUAAAAUCACAGCACUCCAACUCUAAUCAAAUUAUUGGAGACUUAGCAAAGUUGGUCUGAAAUCACAAUAAAAAAAAAAAGCACUGGAUCCUUUCCAAUAUGGUUGUGUAAAAAUGGUCACUUGGAAGGUCACAGUAUAACCAGAAAUGAAUCACUACCCCUGAGAGAGUUCUCAGUAUCUGUGUGUUAAUGUUCUUUUUCUGUAUAAAGUUCACUCUAGAAUUUUGAAGUAACCACCCAUUUUACUACAUAUUAGUCAUGUGACAUUUGAAAUUAUUUUGUAAUAGUUACUUUUAUUUGUUAUUUACUGUGUUGAUCAAAAAUUUGUGAGUGUUUAGCAUUUAGUAAAGUAUUCUCUUUCCUCCUAGACUUUCGCCUCUUCCUGUAGUUAGGGGUAGAGGUGAGGUGAGUGUAGUAAGUGAAUACAAUGUGAUUUCACUGUAGUAGGAUAGUUUGUUGUCUUGUUAUUUACAGUGUGUUUUUAUUUUAGUAAGUAAGAUUUAUAUUUUGAGCUCUCUGAAUAGAAACUGCCACUCCAACAUUAGCUGCAUGCAUUGUUCCCAUUAGACCUAAAUAUUACUGUACUUCCGAGUACCUAGAAACUGAAUAAAGGAAAAGGAGAAAUGAAGUAGACUGUCUGUCACUGCUAUUAGAGAAACAUGAAAAUGGAUGGAGAAAUAUUUGACAUUUUAGUCAAAUCUUCUUUUUUUUUUACAAGGGUGGCCAUCAGUGAAGAAAACUAGGCAAGUAGGCUUUACAACCUGAAUUCAGAUCCCCAGAAUCCACGUCAAAGAGGAGCGCAGCUAGGUUAUGGUAGCACCCUCCUUUAAUCCCAGCAUUUGUGAGGCAAAGGGAGACAGACCUCUGUGUAUUUGAAGCUAGCCUGAUCUACAGCGCAAAUUCUAGGGCAGGGAACCCUAUUUCACAAGACAAAACAAACAAACAGAAAGCUUGAGUGCACUAGCUCAAGUACCUGUAAUCUCUGAAUGCCUCCAUGAACAAGAAGUAGAUAGGAGAAUUUCCAGAGGCUCAUGCUCGACUAGUGGUUUAUAUAUUAAUGAAGAGGCACCAUGGUAAACAAGGUGGGAAGGUGAGGGCUCACCAGCCUCCAAAGGUAAUCCACUGCCCCCACACAUGUGCCAUGGCAGGCGUCACUUACACCCAGACACAUACACCAAAGAGAGAAAAACAAGAGUAUCAAAACAUUUUCCAAGAUGAUGGAACACAACUCAACAACAUCUUAUAUACGCUUAAGUUUUAACUCUCAUCCUAAAACAUGUAGAAUCCUGUUGAGAGUACUUGCUGCUUUUUCAGAGGACUUAGGCUCAGUUCCCAGCACCCACAUGAUGGCUAACAAGGACAUAUAACUCCAGCUCUGGUGCCCUCUUCUGGCCUCCAGGGGUGCAUGCAUGCAUGUACACAUACACACAUACACAGUCAUACACACCUACACAUAAAAUAAAAAUAAUCUUCAAAGCUUAAAUGAAACUCUUAUGUUAACUUUUACUCACUAUUAUUUGUUUCUCUGGAUGCUUCUUGUAACAAAGCUAUAAAUUGUAAUAAAUAGUUCGAUCCUUUAAAAAUAUUUAAAUUACUUUUUCAAAAACUAGAAAAAGUAUUCUUACUAAAUUCAGUUGAGUGUUCCUAAUAGAAACAGUCAACUUAUUCCCAUCUUAAUAUUUUAGUUUGGCUCUGAAACAUUUAGUGCAAUGUAGAUUUCUUCCUUACAUAAUAAAAUCACAGACUAUCAUAGUUAGAAAUGACCUUAGAAAGUCACUUAUUCACACCACCAUUUUAUUGUUGAGGCAAGUAGUCAAAGAAGAGGUAACUGGCUUGAAGUUAUAUAGCUAAUUAGUGAUAGAUUCCUUACUGGGACAUAGUUUGAGGUUGAAAAACCUCACCAUACCAGCUUCUCGUCCUGGAAGUCUCAGGUGUUUUCAACUAGUCAUUCAAUUAAACUCUUUCACUGCACAGUAAGUGGUGCUUUAUAAUUUCUACAGUAGGGCAGUUGCUCAUACUUUCAAAUUAAACAAUAUGACAGUAAUGCUUGAGUGGUUAAGUUCUCUUUUGGAGGCUGAAGUUUGCAGAUGUGAGUACAGCUGUUUGGCAUUUACUAUGUGCUUAUGUAUUAUUAAUGAGCGUUUAAGAUUACUAUGUAAGCGUAUUUUAUCACUGUCUAUACUUACCCACAAACUUGCAUUUUUAAUUUGAUGUAAUGGCUUUAAUGUAAUUUCUGGCCUUGCAUUUUGUUAUACUUUACCUGAAAGAAUGGCCAGUUCUUUUCUCAUAUUGUUGUACUAUAUUUGUGAAUAUAAUUUUAUGACUCCUUUUUGUUUAAUGGAUACCUUUCUUUCAUUAUGGAAACUAUGUGAAUUGCUUUCUGCUCUAUAAUCUGUCAUUUGUUGUAGAUUAAAGCUUAUUUUUCUGUGAAUAAGACUUAUUCAAUAAAGCACUAUUCUUUAAAAUGUUA